GCGUGCUCAUUAAUGGCUAUCGCCUUAUCCAUAUUGUGUGUGCGCUGCGAAUUGUGAGUGGCAAAGGCCUUCCCGCUACUGGAUUUCUCGAAAACAGUGUUCAGGAUAAACGGUUGGAGGCACGGUGUUCAGAGAAGUGUGCGCGCCACGGUGGGAACUGGACUUUUCUUCGGCGUCAUUGAACAUAGUGGCUCUAUUCCGUCGUGGGUGUACAAUGCGCUAAGGAUCCGCAUGGCAGCCUGUCUUCAACGGCUAUCUUGCAGUUGACUUUUUACUGAGGGACUGGCAAAGCAGAUGUUGCAACUGUUUCUACUGGGCCGUUGUCGAGAACUCUAAGAACUGGGGUCGGUGGCCAGCAUGUCUCAGCACAGUGACGAGGCGCUGCUGGUGGCUGGCAGCGACAGCUUCUGGGAGCCCGGCAACUACAAGCGAACCAGCAAGCGCACAGAGGAUGGCCACCGGCUCUGCAGCGAGCUGAUACAGCUGGUGCAGGAGCGCUCGGAGGUGGAGAAGGCGUAUGCCAAGGGACUCCGGGCCUGGUCACGCAAAUGGGCCGAGCAGAUCGACAAGGGCCCCGAGUACGGCACCACCGAGGCCGCCUGGAAAGGCGCAUUGCAGGAGGCCGACCGGACUUCCGAGAUGCAUCUGCGCGUGCGUGACAAGCUACUCAACGAAGUGGUUCCACAGAUAAAAACUUGGCAGAAAGAGAAUUACCACCGGUCCAUGAUGCAACUGCGGGAACGGCGAGAGCUGGAUGAGGCAUUCAAGAAGGCCCAAAAGCCCUGGGCGAAAUUGCUUGAUCGGGUGAACAAGGCGCGUAGCGACUACCACACAGCCUGCAAGGCCGAGCGCUCAGCCACCAACCAGGAGCGGAAUGCUGGCGCGGACAGCUCACUGUCGCCCGACCAGGUGAAGAGAUCCCCUGAUCCAGUGAAAAAGCUCCAGGAUCGUGUAGCCAAGUGUAAAGAGGAGGUGCAGCGGACACGGGAGCGUUACGAGGCGGCCCUGCAGGAGAUCAACGACUACAAUGCCAAAUACAUGGAGGACAUGACUGUGGUGUUUGAUAAGUGCCAGGAGUUUGAGCAGCGACGGCUGAAGUUCUUUAAGGAAAUGCUAUUUGCCAUUCACGGCUGCCUCAACAUCUCCACAGACGCAGAGCUUCCCCAGAUUUAUGAAGAAUACCGGCAUACGAUACACAAUGCCGAUGCAUCAAAGGAUCUCAAAUGGUGGUCAAACAACCAUGGUAUUGGCAUGGCGAUGAACUGGCCACAGUUUGAAGAGUACUCCGAGGAAUUCCGGGACAUCGUAGGCAAGAGCAGCAAGAAGGCGGCGAUACCCGAGAGCGGCAUCACCCUCGUCAACCAGCACAAGAUCGGCGAGGAGCUACCUGAGUACACACCCGAGGUGCAGCACAUUCACCGCAAGGAGAAAAAGGGCAUCGACUCUGGUGGCAUCACACUGACAAGCGUGAGCACGCGUGCCGAUGGUGUGGUGGCUAAUGCACCGAAAAACCAGAGCACCAACAAGGGACCCAAGGAGACGGGCACCAACCAUUCCACCGUGGCUACAACCAACAACUCCACGCCGCCCACUGGCACCGCAAACACGGCGAAAAAGGCUUACAACCCGUUCGAAGAGGACGACGACGAGAAUGAGGUCGACCACCCGAGUGACAUGAAUGGGCGAGCAGGUGAGCCGAACCCAUUUGAGGAAGACCACGAAGAUUGGGACGAAGAGUCAAACGACGCACUUGUUGACAAUGGCGAACCGGGUGUGCCCGUCAGGGCACUCUACGACUAUGAUGGGGCUGAAGCAGAUGAACUAUCUUUUAAACAAGGGGACCAGUUUGAAAAGCUAGAGGACGAAGACGAACAGGGCUGGUGCAAAGGCCGGAAGGACGGCCGGGUUGGCCUCUACCCCGCCAACUAUGUUGAAGUCAUCGUCCCCUAGAUGCAUCGAGAGCCGAGCCGAGGUGGAAGCGGCUCACCGCUGUCACUGAAGUGCCACGCGCAUCCGCAGAAGCUCGUGAGCUGCCACUGUCCACCUGGCGUGCUCUCUAGAGGCAAAACAGGUUGGGGUGAAAAAGACUUUUGCGUUGUUUUCGUUUUUCAACACCGGCAACUGUUGCCAAGGGGCGAGUCAUCGUCUUCUCCACUUCUUCCAGCGUCUGUGCGCCAUGUGCAAGCGGGUAGGCUGCACGGACAAACGCUGGCCGAUGCGUGCGUGUGAAAGGUGGUGCACGUUGUUAACGCGUCUACUGUCUCCUGGCGCUCUUGUUUGCUUCGUCACUACGGAGGAUGUGUUGCACCUGUUGGUGUGUGCAUUGAUUUGUUUUUCUUGGUCUCGCGGGCACAGCGUCACUGAAAGGGACUGUUGUACAGUGGACGCGACGUGUGCGUGUUGUGUGGUUUCACUGUCAAGGAUAUCUGCUGCACUUAAUCCAGAGAGAACGAAUGGUCACUGCUAUGUGUUCUCUUCCAUAAUAGAUGUAGACUGAAGGAGAGAGAUAGCGCUUCGCGAAACUUGCGUCGCGCAUUGGUCCUCUUGCCCCUGGUAGAUAGCAAUGCCAUCCGUACAUACUGGUUUUUCUGCUUUGUUACCACUGCUGAUGCGGGGAGGUGGCCAGUGGAAAAGCUUUGUACACAUCAGUGGCAUUUAUUUAACUGCAAUGACCUCUCCAUCACCUCCCCUUUCUCUCUGUAGUAAUCUUCUGGUGUAUUGCACAGAACCUUUACUUUAUAUUUUUUUUCCCCUCUUUCUGUACAUACUGUUGCAGUGUCCAUUUGCCUGUCGGCAUGUUGCAAUCGCAUGUAAAGAGUUUAACCAAGGAAUGUAGAUUUCAAAGUUAAAGGCAGUGUGUUUAUUUUUCUAUCUAAGUUUAGUGUUUUCUUUUAUUUAUAAUCUGGUGGUGCCGUGGUUGUUUUUUAUGGCUGGCUUCAAUGGCACAUUCUUGCAAACCAUUCUUGCACUGCUCUGAUGAUUGUUUUCGCUGCCACAGUGAGACCAUUUGCAGCCUUAUCGUUUUUCUGUGUUUAUGUUCACCGAUGACUGUUUCAAUGCAUUCAGCCACGAAAAUGUCUUGCGAGUACAAGCCCGCUAAAAGUGUUGGCAAGUAUUCAUCGGUGAGCGUGUUCUAGCCAUUGCCCACUUUGAGCAACCACGUUCAGCAAGGAAGUAGUUUGUGAACUUAUUUUCUUUAACCGGUCAUUUUUUUUAUGUCCCUUUCCUAGAAAGGGGCCUCCCGUCAUUGCUAACCAACCAAAUAAUGUUGAUCUUUCAUAGUCAUUUGAUGUAUAGCAACAUACUUUUACUGUUCUGGUUAAAUUUUUUUUUUUUUUGACACCCAACUUGGGCGAGCCAACAGCAUGGUCUCAUUACUCGGUGUCGAGGACUGAAGUUGCUGUAGUGAGCUGUCAGAUACCUCCUUUUGGUUGUUUGUUUAUUUUUCUGUACGGUUUGCACAAGAAGUGCCUUGUAUCUAUACAUUUUUUUACUGCACUCUAGUUACUUUUAUGCUGUUUUAUAAGUUUUCUACUACUGGCUUCUUGUGUUUCGGUGUGUUGUGCAAUUUUGCUUCCACAAGAUUUUUCAAAGGAUGUGGCCCUCUACGUACCGGUGUUUCUUUCUUCUUUGUUUGUUUGUUUGCAGUUACACUCCUACUGACCUGUUGUAAUUUUCAAACAUUAGCUGCUAGGCGCACCUUGAGUCCCGCAAUUUUAUUACACGAAAUCAUGGAGGUUUCUUUCUAUUCUAAUGCUGUGUGGUUGCACAGCGGAUGUAUGGGACUUAUCAGUGAGACAACUUUAUGCCAAGGCCCCGUAAAACAAACGAGCAAAAAAACACUUACAGGGGUGCGUUGGAUAACCUCUCUUUCUUCUUGCCUUCCUUUUUAACGAAGAGCAUCUGACUUUAGCCUACGCCAUUGUCGUGUUCAAUGUUACUGCCAGCAGCGAUCUCCGAAGUGAGAAAUUUUUUUCUUCUGUCUUGUUUCUUUUUCUUUUGCUGGGUAUCCUAACCUGCGUUUGGACUUUACUUUAACAAUAAUAAAGCACGCUCUGUAAAAACGUCGUGGAAAGCCAUACUAAAGGUUACGCAGUUGACCCUGACGUUUGCCCACUGAACUCCGGCUGCAACGGAAAGCAUAAUGCAGUUUUAACUUCGCAAAUGGGUGCCUGAAUGAUAUUUUUAUGUACGAAAAGUAGGUAGGGUAAGGAAUGUUGUGUCUGUAAGACUUGUACAUAUGCUACACACUCUUUAGUUCUGUGCCAAGCAAAACUCAAGAGUUGUUUUCCUUUCAGCUAGAGACAUAUUUUACGCAACUCGUUCAGCCAGCACCUUUUUCUUUGUCGCAAUUUUCAGACGGGUUUUAUUUGCAGACAGGAUUGCCGUUCACUGGUGUGCUUUUCCCUGAAAUACCACUGAUAGCCAAGGAACGUUUGCAUUCUGUUGGAACUUUUUUUUUUUUGUUGUCUGCAGUCCACUCUUUAAGCAGACCUAGCAAAGCUGCUUUCCGCGUGGUCCUGUUGCAAUGGCUAGCUUUAUUCAAAGCUGAGUUAAGUGAAAACUCUGCUUUGUAUUUGUUUUACUUGAACUUGUGAAGUAGUAACACUUGAGACUUGAAUACAGUUCUACUGUUGAAAAUGAAUGCUUUUGGUGUGUGUGCAAGUGAAACUAUUGAUUGGCUUAGAACACUGUAAAUAAAAAUGUCUGCGAAAAAAA